CGAUUGAAAAGGAGGAGAAACCUCACUGCUCUUACACUGCGACUCCAAAACCGUACCCCCUCUCUCCAUCCUUUUUCAAAUCCGGCAUUUAUUUUCCCGGAAAGUUGAAAACCAGUUUCCACGGAACCAAACGAAACUUUUGAAACUUUCCAAAUUCCUAUCGGUUUUCACCGUUGAAUGCCUCGGAAACGUUGCUGUUAUGGAUUCCUUUUAUUUCCAUAACGUGAAAACAGAGAAAGUUAAGGCGAUGAAGAAAUACAAUCGUCUUCAAAGCAUAGCAAAGGUGUUUCGUAUUUUUGAAGUGCUUUCGGCUUUGCUGUUUUUGGCGUGGACUGCCGAGCGCGUGCCUUUUGCCAUCAAAAUCUCCGGCGAGUUUGUUUUGAAACUCGGCGGCAUCAUCGCCAGUCCGUUCUUCGUUUUCCUCAUCUGUAACCUCAUCAUCAUCACUCUAAUUGCUAAGUCCGGUAUCUUCUCCGCCGUUCGCAAUGCCGAUUCCAAAGUCUGCGAGGAAAUAAUCAUCAAGACCGCAGACACUCACUCCAAAUCGGUGUCUCAAGAAGAGAUUGUGUAUCAAGAUAAGGAGAUCAUCUCUGAAGUGAACACAUCUACUCGCGAGUGCGAAGACAUGGAACCAGAACUGGAGCCAGAGUCAGACUCUGACUUUGAAGCCGAUAAUCGGAGAGUGUAUAGGAGAAGUAAAUCGGAGAAGUUGGAAAGGGAGAAAGUGAAAAAGGAACUACGACGAUCGGAGAGCGAGAAGAAAUGCCAAAAAAUUGAAAACCUGGACGAAAAAUUAUUUCCUGAAGACGAUUUGAGCAAUGAAGAGUUUCAACGAGCGAUCGAAGACUUUAUUGCUAAACAGUUGAGGUUUCGCCGAGAAGAGUCUCUGUCUAUUGUUCUUCAAAGCCAAGCUUGAAAAAAAAGAGUUUUCUUUUUAGAAAAGUUUAACCACCAAAAAAAGGAAAAUGGCUAUUUACUGGACUGUUUUCUUUUUUAUCUGUUUAAAAAAAAAAAAAACGCUAAUAGCCUGGUUAUGUUAUGCUGUACAGUGGUACAACGACAAUGGAGGAACUGGUAACUACCAUCAUUUUUGUUAACAAA